UCUUGAUUGAUUUUUUGUAUUCAAAACAUUAACAUUCCCAUUCUGCCACAAUUUUGAGGUUAUGUCAAUAUUCCUAAUUUUUUAUUAUUGUUCGUAUUUAGAAUAGGCUAGUUGAUUUUGGUUUUGGAAUCAUAAUAAGAGUUAUCAUCUAAUGAAGAAUGGCCAGCAAUAAUAAUUUGACAAACAACACAAACAUUAAAAUUGAGCCAGGGGCUUCAACACAACGUCUACCUUCUCUGAAACCACCGCGAGAUCUGUCGUUAUCCGCCUUCAAAUUGAAUCUACCUGGAAACACAAAUCAGCCUCCAAAGAAAAAGAUCUAUGUGCCAAACUUGAAUGUACAACGAAAUCGACCUCAAGUGAAUAACUCAGCUCCAGUUAUCAAACAAGAGCCCAAUGCAGAGACAAAUAAUAAACAGAACCAUGGAAAUAGUCCUAGAGGAAGAGGGAGGGGAAGAGGCAGGGGGACAAGAACUUUUAUACAGACCACCUCAGGACUGUUUUCUGGUGGAGUGGAGAUCAAUUCCAGAGGUAGAGGCGCCAGAGAUCGCAACGAUGGGACUAGAGUUAAAGUCGAGCUACAGAAACCCAGACUCAACUUGAAGAACGCAACAGCAGUUAAUAAAACUGAAGAAGACAAUGCAAUGAAGGACUUGCUGAGAGAUGAUUUUAUGGAUGAUCCCAGUCUGGAUCCGGAUUAUGAUAACUGUCCUAUCAAGCUUCCACUAAGUCAGGCAACACAAUUCUUUAUAAAAGACGAAGCCAUCAAAGAAGAAGGCUUUAAGGUUAAGACUGAGCCUCAAGAUUUUGCUGAUCAAAACUCACAAGUUUCUUCGCAAAAUGUAGGACAAUUAAUGGAGAAACGAAGCUAAUCAAAGAGGAAAAGCCAGAUAUCGAUGGUGAAAUUAACGGAUUAG